AUGCUCAAUAAUUCUUUAGUUUCUCCUCAAUUUCAAAAUUCACCUACGUAAUAUCCUUUACCUGUUCCAAACCCUGCUCAACCUAUUUCUGCUAGAUAAAAAAUCCAUGUCUCCAACUUACCUUUAAAUGUCACAACUUAAUAAUUACAACAAACCUUUUAAGUUUACGGAAAUAUUAUCGACAUUAGGAUCAUCAGAAAAACACCUACAGGAUUACCUUUACAUAUUUCAUGCUAUGCUUUUAUUGCCUUUGCUGAUAAUGAUGCAGCUGAUAAGGCAAUUCAAGAUGGCAGAAUUGGAGAUUGGACUGUGAAACCUUAAAUUGAUAAAUAAGCUAUUACUAAAUGCAAAUCUCGUUCUCGAUCCAGAUCUUAAGAGAAAAAUAAAUAAGUAUUAACAAAUGGACCUAUUACUCCUUUGGAGCCGUCUCCGAAGAUAUAAAUUCAACUUUACGUUAGAGAAUUGUUUGUUAGUGGAAUAUCCAAGAAUUAUGAUGAAUUAAAGAUUCGAUAGAUUUUUUCGUAAUUUGGCUCUAUAGAGAGGAUUGAUCUGUAUCCUAAUAAGCAUAAUAUAUUUAACAGUUAUAUAAAAUUUUUUACUAUAGAUUAAGCUAUUUCUGCUUAUUAAAAAAUGGAUAGUAUUUAAUAAUAAUUUUCUACUUAAAUAAAAAUUUAUUUUUCUGACCCUAUAAAAAGACACAAUAUUGUUGGCAAUAAUUUAUCAAAUGAGUAACAUUCUAAACUUUCAUCAGUAUUAUUUAUAUUUUUUCCUCCUAAUUUAAAUAAAAAAGUUGAUCAUGCAUUUUUGUUUGAAAUAUGUCAGAAUCAAUAAUGCAGACCUCUCCUAUGGAAUUACAUUCAACAAGAUCCAAACUAUAAGUCCUACACUCUUCUACAAUUCAGAGACACAAAACAAGCCCUCUAAAUAAGAAACUACUUAUAAUAACAUUUGGUAGAUCUACUUGGUGAUUCAAAAUGUGAAGUUGGAAUUGUAUCCCUCCCAAAGAUGCCCAUGUAGCCAUAGUAAUAAAUGCAAUAAUAUCAACCAAUCCAAAUGAUUCCCCAGCAACCAAUUCCUAACAAUAUGAUGAUGAUGUCCCCAAUUACUCAACCAUUUUAACCUAGUUAUCAACCACUCUUCAUUCCAUAACAAGUGAUGUACAAAUAGCCCAUAGAACCAUUGAUUAUGCCUAAACAGGAUCGAAGAAUGUAGCAUCAAUAUGUAGAUCUAACUUAAUUUAAUAUUCCUUAAUAAUAAAUGUAUCCUUAGGAACAAGAAUAUAAAAUCAAACUGAAUCCAAAUGGCAAUCAAGAAAUUCUUGAUGGAUUCUUAAAUUUUGAUACUAAUCAGUAACAACAACAAUAACAAUAAUUAUAGCAAUAAUAAUAACAAUAAUAAUAGCAAUAACAAUAACAAUAAUAAUAAUAAUAACAAUAAAGAUAGGAUUGGGAUACAUUUUGGAGUGGAUUUAUGUUUAGAAGCAAGAGUCAUAAGGUUGGAGUGGAUGCCAAAUGCUAAGAACCUGAAGCACCUAUUGCCAUGGCUCCUCAAAUCUAAGUGAAUUAUAAGGGAAACUUUACUGAUGCAAAAAAAUCAGCAAACGAAGCUUUCAAAUUCAUACUGUGUCCAUCAGAUUACAAUUAGAAUGCUGCCUUUUAAGAAUAUAUAGAUUAUUUUUCUGAAAAGAAUAAGAUUGGUGUUGCAUAUAUUGGAAAUAGCAUUCUAUAUUUGCUUCCACCAAAUGAGAUUACAAAUUCCAUUUUGCCCAUUUAAGGAUUGGAAAUUCUAGCCCUGUAUAUUGAAGAUAAGAAAAAAUUCGUCAAUUACAAUUAAGAUCAUAUAUUAUGA